AUGAACGUAGAGAACUUGAAUAACUUUGAUCCUUUUGCUGAUGAGGGCGAUCCCCUCGCAGGGAACGCCGAUGUCGGCUCCCAGUCGAAUUAUCUCCACAUCCGUAUUCAGCAAAGGAAUGGAAGGAAGACACUGACCACACUACAGGGUCUGCAAAAGGAAUAUGAUCCGAAAAAGCUCUUGAAGGCCUUCAAGAAGGAAUUCGCUUGCAAUGGAACUGUUGUCGAAGACGAGGAGAUGGGCGAAAUCAUCCAACUACAGGGAGAUCAGAGGGCCAAGAUCGCCAACUUCCUCGUAGAGCAAGGCAUGAGUAGGUCUUCCAUCAAAAUACACGGAUUCUAA